AUGUCUUCGCAACAGUCCUCACUGGAACAAUUAUUCAAAGAAAGUCAGAUCGAGGAUCUCCCAGUCCUAUCUCAGCCAGGUCAAGAUUACCAGAGACAUCUCAAACCAACCAACAGAAGAGUAAAUCAAAACUCACAGACUCCCUACCAACCAAAUACCAACCAAACAAUCCGUCCCUCCAACGGCAAGCCAUUCUUCCUCCUCCCUCCCUUCUUCGAACCACGUAUCCAAAGCCCAAACACCACCCUUCUGACUCGCCUGGAGAAUUCUUUCAUGGCCAUCAUUUAUAUCAAAGACCCUUACUGUCCCAUCAUCAAGUGCUACGAAUAUAUUGCGCAAGGUGGUGUGGAGAGCUGUGACAACAGAGUCAGACGUUUGAAUGACCUGGGUGCUAAGUGGGGAUGGCAUCAUGGAGAUCUCUGGUAG